GUUCGGCGAGCACUUCCGGGUCGUCGGCGCAGCUCUGCGGCUUCUGCGACGGCCGAAGAGGUGGUCGGGUAGUAGGUGCUUCCUGCUGGGCUGCUGGCUGCUCCGCUUCUGUCCGCUCCGCGGCGGGAAGCGCCUUCCCCACAGGACAUCAAUGCAAGCCUGAAUAAGAAAAACAGUUCCUUCCUCCUAAGCCAUGGCAUAUCAGUUAUACAGAAAUACCACUUUGGGAAACAGUCUCCAGGAGAGCCUGGAUGAGCUCAUACAGUCUCAACAGAUCACCCCCCAACUUGCUCUCCAAGUUCUCCUUCAGUUUGAUAAGGCUAUAAAUUCAGCGUUGGCCCAGAGGGUCAGGAACAGAGUCAACUUCAGGGGCUCUCUAAAUACGUACAGAUUCUGCGAUAAUGUGUGGACUUUUGUAUUGAAUGAUGUUGAAUUCAGAGAGGUGACAGAACUUAUUAAAGUGGAUAAAGUGAAAAUUGUAGCCUGUGAUGGUAAAAAUACUGGCUCCAAUACUACAGAAUGAAUGGGAAAAAAAUGGCUUUAUUAUGCCAUCUUCUGUUAUUAUUCAUCGCUUUUUUGAGGAGAAGCAUAGAAGAGACUUUUUUUAUUUAUUCUAGCAUCGCAGAAAUGACUACACUGUGCUAUACUAUCAGAAUUCCAAUAGAAAGAAGCUUGUAACUAUAGCCUCUUACCUUUUCAGCAUGAAGAAACAGAAGUUUUUUUUAAUAACAUUGUUGCCUUCCUAAAAACAUUCUUUAAUAAACUCAUUUUAAAACUCAA